AAUCUCGCAGAACAUAACAGCUGACUAUCAGAAUUGCUUUACGCUUGACAAUUGAAGUAAAUUCAUAUGACUUUAAAGUGAGAAAUUUGGAGAAAUGUUAUUUUUUUUCGGAAUUCGCGAGAAAUUGAGUUUGGGGUUCCGAUCAAAUCAUAUUGAAUUCGAAGUUUUUACUACCGACCCGAAGAUAUCCUAAUCACAUCCGGUCACUAAUACAACUACAAUACAUAAACAAUUAGUUUCAGGCGAAUAAAUAUAGUCGCGGUUGUAACCACCUUGGACAAAAAGUGUAACAUUGUUUUUGAUUCUAUGUUGAUCAAUCGAACAUAUCUAAAAUUCGAAUAAUGUUUUAAAAAAUAUCGUAUUUAAACGGAAUCUUAUCUCUUAAUUCACAGUAGAAUAAAAUGACCAGUGUUUCGAAUGAUUCUGAUAGUGAAGAUGAAUUACCACCUGGGUGGGAAGAAAGAGCUACUUUUGAUGGAAAAGUUUAUUAUAUUAACCAUUUUAAAAAGAGCACUCAAUGGACACAUCCUCGUACAAGCAGUAAAAAAAUCGUAGCUGGAGAACUACCCUCUGGUUGGGAAAGGUGUACUUCAAAUGAUGGGAAAAUGAUAUUUAUUGAUCAUUUAAAUCACACAACAACGUAUACCGAUCCUCGAUUGGCUUUCGCUGUUGAGUACAGAGAUCCAUCACAGUCAGUCCGACAACGCUUUGAUGCUAGUAGCUCAGCUCUAGCGGUUUUACAUGGUAGAGACCUCAAAGGGAAAGUUGCUCUCGUAACUGGAUCUAAUACAGGCAUAGGAUUUGAAACUGCGAAGUCCUUAGCUUUUCAUGGUUGCACUGUUGUAAUGGCUUGCCGAAGUACAAAAAAAGCUGCUGAAGCUAUUCAAAGAAUAAAAAGUGAGCAAGAAUAUGCAUCUUGUGAAGCUCUUUCUUUGGAUUUAUCAUCGCUACGUAGUGUUAAAAAUGCAGUCAAAGAAUUUAAGAAGAAAUAUCGAUUACUGAAUAUAUUAGUACUGAAUGCAGGUGUAUUUGCACUUCCCUAUUCUCUAACAGAAGACGGUUAUGAAACAACAUUCCAAGUAAAUUAUUUAUCGCAAUAUUAUUUAACACUUCUGUUAGAACAUCAUUUAAAAAAUACUUCUGAUUCUCGAAUAGUAGUGGUCGCUAGUGAAUCUCACAGAUUUUCUUCAAUACAAGUAAUUGAAGAUAUUCAUCAAUCAAUAUUAUCCCCUCCAGUCUUCAAAUAUUGGUCCGUGGACGCGUACAGUAAUUCAAAACUUUGUAAUAUUUUAUUUGCUCAAGAAUUAGCUAAACGAUGGCCAUCAGUCAGUGUGUUUAGCUGUCAUCCAGGAAAUAUGGUGUCUUCAUAUCUAUCCCGGUACUCUUGGUUUUACAAAUUUCUCUUCACUAUAGUACGACCAUUUACAAAAUCACUGCAACAAGCAGCAAGUACGAUAGUUUUUUGUGCAACAGCUCCUGAAUUAGAAGGAUUGUCGGGCAUUUACUUUAAUAACUGUUUUCGUUGUGAAACAUCUAAUAUUUCUAUGGACCAGAGUUUAGCUUCUAGACUAUGGUAUGUUAGUCAAGAUAUGAUUAUGAACAUUGUCCAACGUAAAAAUUUCUGUACUUUUUAAUUGUAAAAUAUUAAACUUAUAAAGGUUU